CUGCCUCUCUCUCCUGAGAAGAUAAUCUUUUUUUGGGUCAGAGCUCUCCUGAGGAGAUUAAACAAGUCUUGUUUUCUGCACUAAAAAAAAAAAAUCAAAAGGGAGAAAGAAUCCUCUGUUCUUAUUUACCUUUCUCAGUCCUCGCUCACUCUCUCUCUCUCUCUCUCUGUCUUACCCUUCUCGCUGCGCUGCCUAGUGUUGGGCGGUGGCUUAAAGAAACCAAAAGUUUUUCUUGGGGAGAGAGAGAGAUUCGUUUUGAGGGGCCUGAUUAGGGACAACCCACGAAGAUCUGUGUUGGGAGAGGAGACCUUUAAUCAAUCAUGCCAUCGGGGUCGAAGAGGAGAAAAGCUGCCAAGAAAAAGAAGGAAAAGGGAGCCCCAACCAGUGAUUCUUCCUCUGCCAACGCCAACAACACCAACGCUCACGAAAAUGAUGAAGUGAGGAGUCAUGAUGAGAAAGAUAGCGAAGGCGGAGAGCCCAAGUUCCCUGGAUCUCAAUCUCAUGACCAACAUGGCCCAUUCAACGGGGGGAGUGAAGAAUUGGGAAAGAGUGAUCCAUCGCCUGUUGCAUCAGCUGAUGUUGAGAACAAGCCAGUGGAUAUACCAGUUGAUUCCAAUGCCGCGCAAAAAAUUGAAGUAGAGGGCAAUGGUGGAGUCGAAACUGUUGAGGAAGUGAAGUUUGAAGAUGAUUCUCCCAUUCCCAUUGAGUGUGUUGAGCCUGUGAAGGAACAGCAUGAUGAGGGCAACGAAAAAUCCAGCAUCAUUAGGUCUGAUGGUGAGUCUCUGGUCACUGAGGAGGAGAAGUUUGGAGCAGAAGAAGGAAGCAAAAAUUUGGAAACGACCCAAUUUGAAGAUUUGGAAAAGCCAGGUGAAUUUUUGCCUCAAGAGUUGACCAAAGUGAUUGAUGGUGGCCCGGGUGAGGAUGUAAAUAUGGCUGAACCGGUGGUCUCUCUGUCCGAGAAGGUUAUUGACUUGACCGAAGCUGCUCCAAUAGAAAAUAAAACUGACAUUGGACUCAAUUCUUGGGGAAAAGAGGAUUUGUUGACCUCAAUAGAUGAGGUCCAAGGAGUUGCAUCCAAUGGGUUGGAGUCUGCAUCAAACAAUGUUGGGGCUAAAGUGUUUCCUGUGUCAGUUGAAAAUUCUGGAGUUGAAUCUGGUGCUGUAACUUCUGCCUCAAAAGAAAAAGAAGGUGAACUGUGGCCAUCUUCGAGUUUCGUUACUCAGACUCAUAAUGGUACAGAGAAGGCCAAGGAUUUGAGGUUUGUGAGCGAUGGGUUGGAGUCUGCAUCAAAUAAUGUUUGGUCUAAAGUGUUUCCUGUGUCAGUUGAAAAUUCUGUCGUUGAAUCUGGUGCUGUAACUUCUGUCUCAAAAGAAAAGGAGGGUGAAUUGUUGCCAACUCCAGGAGUUUUGGUUGCACAGACUCAUAAUGGAACUGAGAAGGCCAAGGAUUUUGAGGUUUGUGGAUCAAGCAUCAGGUUGGAGUCUGCAUCAAACAAUGUUGGGGCUAAAGUGUUUCCUGUGUCAGUUGAAAAUUCUGUCGUUGAAUCUGGUGCUGUAAUUUCUGUCUCAAAAGAAAAGGAGGGUGAAUUGUUGCCAUCUCCAGGAGUUUCGGUUGGUCAGACUCAUAAUGCUACAGAGAAGGCCAAGGAUUUUGAGGUUUGUGAAUCCUCCGAGGACCAGCCAUUGGUGGCGCCAGCUCCUAGAAUUGCGGAAAAGACGUCCUGGAUGAGCUGUUGCGGACUAUUUGAUGUCUUUAUGGGCUCCAGUAGAUGAAUAAAGAGUUACAAUAUUAGCGAAACUUUAGGCGAGGGAUGAAGCUGUGGGAAAGCUAGGAAUGAUUUUGUUUGAAGUUCAGGAGCUUUCAUCUUGAAGACAAUCCUAGGUUUCUCCUUACCUGAUAGACCUGACUGAAAUAAGAAAAAAAAAAAACAGUUUUGAGUGUUGUGCUGGGAAUUGUGUCGACUUUGUUAAGCCUUGGCAGGCCCCCGCUUGCAGCUCACUUUUUUUUUAUAUGAAUUUUGGAUUUUGGUUUUUCUCCCUUGAAAAUGUGUGCUGUGUCUGUCCUUUUUUCCUUUCUGUGGUAUAGGACCAUUACAUAAAAGAGGAGGAUGUGUUUGUGUA